CAGACAGUAACUGGCUCACCAUUUAACAAAGUGAGGAAGAGAAGGACAGUGAAUUAUUUCCACCACUUUUCCUUGUCUGGCUCUCACAGAAACUUUUCUGUAGUAGGUAUCAGAGCAAAACCUUACAUUUACCUAUUGGUUUCAGGGGAAAAAAAUUUAAAAUAAAAAUAAAAAACAGCAACAUCAGGACCUCGUACUUGGAAAAUACUGCAGCUUUUUGGAUCUGAUGGAAAACUCAGGUUAUUUGAUUUGAAACCCAGGAAUCAGAAGAUAUCUGAAGCUGGAUCUGCUUCCUAAGAACUUCAAAACAAAACACAUCAGGAUUGAAGAUAUUAGGAUUAGAUAACCACAGAUUUAUAUGGUUCUUCUCAGGGCUUCAGUAGAUCCUGGAUUUAUAUUAUAUAUUUUUAAACUUAAGUCUGGAAUCUAAUAUUUUACCUGAAAACACAACAAGCUUGUUUCAGCCAUGGCUGAGAGGAGACGAAUGAACUACAGAGUCCACAGGGAGAUCCUGGAUGAAGGAGAGAUGGAUGUCAUGGCACAAAAGACUGACUCCAAAACAUCUGUUUGUGAGAAGAUGAAAAAAUCAAUAAGGUGCUCGGGUCCCAAACUGAAGAGAUGCCUGCUGCAAAGUGUUCCUAUUUUGUCCUGGCUGCCUCGUUACCCCUUCAAAGAAUACGCGUUGGGUGAUCUGAUCUCAGGAAUCAGUGUGGGGAUCAUGCAGCUGCCACAGGGUAUGGCUUACGCUUUGCUGGCAUCUGUUUCUCCAGUCUUUGGUCUAUACUCCUCCUUCUACCCCGUCCUCAUCUAUUUUAUCUUUGGCACAUCCCAGCAUAUCUCAGUUGGAACGUACGCAGUGAUGAGCGUAAUGAUAGGAGGGGUGGCUGAUCGAGUGGCGCCAGACUCAAAUUUCAUGAUAUGGGACAAUGUGACCAAUUCCAGUAUUGUUGACAUUGCUGCUCGAGAUGCGGAGAGGCUUCAAGUGGCUGCAGCUGUCACUUUUUUGUCUGGAUUGUUUCAGAUUCUGCUCGGUCUGGUCCAUUUUGGUUUUGUGGUGACCUACUUGUCUGAGCCUCUGGUCCGAGGUUAUACCACAGCAGCUGCCAUCCACGUCAUUGUGUCACAGCUCAAAUACACCUUUGGAAUCAGCCCUGUGAGAUACAGUGGACCUCUCUCUUUGAUAUAUACUGUGGUGGAGUUGUGCGCUCUCCUUCCGCAGACUAACAUUGGCACUCUAGUGGUCAGCAUUGUCACCACAGUUGGCCUCAUCCUUGCUAAGGAGCUCAACACAUUUUUGAACAAAAAGCUGCCUAUCCCUUUACCUAUGGAGCUGUUUGCUAUUAUUAUUGCUACAAUAAUAUCCUGGCAAGUUGACUUACAGGGAAAAUAUAAAGUAGAUAUAGUAGGAAAGAUUCCCUCAGGUCUCCAGCCUCCAGUUGCACCAGAUGUUUCACUGUUUGGCCAGGUGAUCGGAGACGCCUUUGCUCUGUCAGUUGUUGGUUAUGGCAUCGCCAUCUCUCUGGGAAGAAUAUUUGCAAUCAAAUAUGGCUACAAAGUGGACAGCAACCAGGAACUCAUCGCCCUGGGUUUGAGUAACGCCAUAGGAGGAAUUUUCCAGUGUUUUGCUAUCAGUUGCUCCAUGUCUCGCAGCAUGGUUCAGGAGAGCACAGGAGGAAAGACACAGGUUGCUGGUGCUAUAUCAGCAAUAGUAAUCCUUUUCAUCACACUCUGGAUUGGAAAGCUCUUUGAAGAUCUCCCCAAGGCGGUGCUGGCGGCCAUCAUCUAUGUUAAUCUUCAUGGGAUGAUGAAGCAGUUCAUGGAUAUCCCUGCUCUGUGGAAGAGUAACAAAACAGACAUGAUAAUCUGGUUAGCCACCUUCAUCCUCACCAUAUUGUUUAACCCUGACCUGGGACUAGCUGCUGCCAUUGCUUUCUCCAUGCUCACUGUCAUCUUCAGGACACAGGUACCCAAGUACUCCCUGUUAGGACAGGUGCCAGAUACUGAUAUUUACAAGCCAAUGGAGGACUACGAUCAGGCGAAGCAGGUGCCAGGUAUUUUAAUCUUUCGCUCCUCUGCCACACUCUAUUUUGCCAAUGCAGAGAUGUACCAGGAAGCUCUGGGGAAAAAGUCUGGCAUUGACAUUAUGAAGUUCCUGUCAGCAAAGAAGAAACUGGAGGCCAAAAGGAAGAGGCACGAAAAGAAAAAUGCAAAGAAAGCCAAGAAGGAGCUCCAGCUGAACGGAGAGGAGAUGCAGGGGGAGCCAAAAUGGGACCAGCAGAGAGAUAUUGCUGUCAUUGAUGUGGAUGCUGAACCCGACCCUUCCCUGCCAAGAGCCAUAAUUCUCGACCUCAGCCCUGUUAAUUUCCUGGACACAGUGGGGGUCAAGGCACUACGAAGUAUUCAGAGAGACUAUGGAGAAAUUGGCAUUGAGGUGGUUCUCGCUGGCUGCCAAACCUGCGUGGUGGACAACCUGCAGACUGGAGGUUUCUUUAAGGACAAAGUGACAAAGUCCUGUCUCUUCAUUACUGUUCAUGAUGCAGUUCUAUACUGUCAAUCUUCCAGAGCAGAGAGCCAGCAGGAGGAGAGAUAUGAGGAGCAGCCAGCAACACAUUUCUGAGUCCUGGGAGGAACAAUGGAGGAUGUUAUACAGAUGUAACAAACAGUUGGGCUGUUGGAGGAUUUUAUCCAGGGAGUAUACCUGGGACUCUGAUCUUUCACUAACACAAACACAAGGUCACCCCCUAAGCUUAUUCCUCAACCUAUCACUUUUUAAUCAUCACCAUAUUCUGCUUGGGUGCAACACGUGGAAAUCAAUUUAAAUUGUGCUCUGUAUAAGAUAUGUAAUUUCAGCUUACUGUAUAUACAAUAUCAAUCAAUACAAUAAACAAUGACAUGGAUUCAUAUUCUGCUGAAAACUAACUUAUUGCACACAUUUCAUUACAUUUUAAUCACUGCAUAAAUACUGGCAUGGAGAAUGAAACCUUAUUUGCUCAUUUAUUAUCCAAAUACAUUCAGCUUCAGUUACAAAUAGGCAAGGCAAGUUUAUUUGUAUAGCACAUUUCAUGUACAAGAC